GAUUCGAAUAAUUGGGCGCCCUUUGUUUUAUAAAUAUCCAAAUUCUUCGAGGAAAAGGGAGCCAUGACUGUUUCCUCGUCCAUUUCGCCUUGUUCCAUUAAAUGCUCUACAGAUAGCAACUCCAGGGCACGCAUCACCAAGAUCGCUUCUUCCCAUCACCAAGAUCGCUGCCUUUCUCUCCCUCUCCAUUUGCUUCCCCUGGGGCGGUGGUGAUGAAGGUGUUGCUAUCUCUGUUCUUGGUCCAGCUGUGGCUUCUCUCGAGGUCCGCCAAUGGCAGCACGCAGCGCAACGAGCUCGCCCUCGGGUUCCGCGGCUCGGAAAUGGAGUACAUCGACAACUAUGGGUUGUUCCUCUUGUCCAAUAGAUCCACCUUCGCCUUCGGCUUCACCACCUUAAGCGACGACUCCACCGCCUUCCUCCUCUCGGUGGUCCACCAGGGGAGCGGCGCCGCCGUCUGGACCGCCAACCGCGCCGCGCCCGUUUCCAACUCCGACGUCUUCGUCUUCGACGAGGAUGGAAACGCUUACCUCCGGUCCGGAGAUGGAGUGAUCUGGUCCGCCGAUACCUCCGGCAAGGGCGCGACGCGGAUCGAGCUCCUCGAUUCCGGUAACCUGGUGUUCCUCGGCCACGACGGAGCCCCCAUCUGGCAGAGCUUCGAUCACCCGACCGAUACCUUACUCUCCGGCCAGAGCUUCGCCGAGGGAAUGUCGCUGGCGAGCAACCCUAAUGGCCAGGGAUUGAAGUACCAGCUCCGGAUCGAGUCAGGCGACGCCAAGCUCGUCGCUCAAUUCCAAUCGCCGCAACCCUACUGGUCCAUGAGCCGCGACCCGAGGAAGAUCGAGAACGAGGUCGGCCGCGGCAUACACUCCGCCGUGCUUGACUCCAACUCAUGGAACUUCUACGACAACAACCAAACCCUAAUCUGGAAAUUCAUCGUGAACCCAGAUUCCUCUGGAAAUGACACACUGGCUGCCGUUUUGGAUCGAUCCGGCUCCAUCCUCUUCUCAUCACUCCCCAGCUCAGGCCAAGGCAACUCCUUCCCUGUCAGGGUUCCGAACGAUGCUUGCGACACGCCGGAGCAAUGCAAUCCCUACUUCAUUUGCUCCUCCGGCGGCAGCUGCCAGUGCCCGACCGUUCUUAGCUCGUCUCCCAACUGUAAUCCCGGCAUUGCUUCGUCCUGUGACCCGACCACAUCGAUGGAUCUCGUCAAGGUCGAUGCCGGAGUCGGGUACUUCGCCACCGAUUUCGUUUCUCCCAGUUUGAAUUCCAACUUAACCGGAUGCAAAGAUGUUUGCUUGAACAACUGCUCUUGUGUUGCUUUAUUCCACGACGAGCGUUCUGAGAAUUGCUUUCUCUUUGAUCAGAUAGGAAGCUUGAAACAGAUUCAGGGCAAUUCAUCAACUUCUACUUACAUCAAGGUGCAGAGCAAUGCAGAUGGGGGCAAUGGGUCGAAUGGAGAAGGAAGAAGAGGCAGUACUACUUUGAUCAUUGUCAUCGUCAUCUCGAUACUGACUGUUUGUGUGAUAGUAGCUCUCAUCUAUCUUGCUUUCCGGAUUCAUCAAAGGAGAAAGAAAACUUCUGAACCUUCUCAAGGAUCAUCAGAAGAAGAUAACCUUUUUGAGAGUAUCUCAGGGAUGCCGGUCAGGUUCAGUUUCAGAGAGCUACAAGAAGCUACAAAUGGCUUCUCUGUGAAGCUCGGUGAAGGAGGAUUCGGCUCGGUCUAUCUGGGGAAGCUCCCUGAUAACACCAGUGUGGCAGUGAAGAAGUUAGAAGGUAUCGGCCAAGGAAAGAAAGAAUUCCGCUCCGAAGUGACGAUAAUUGGCAGCAUUCAUCACAUCCAUCUGGUUAAACUCCGAGGUUUUUGUGCAGAGGGAGCGCAUAGGCUUCUCGCAUACGAGUUCAUGGCCAAGGGGUCUUUGGAUAGAUGGAUCUUCAAAAAGGAUGAGGAUGAAUUCACAUUGGAUUGGGAUAAAAGGUAUAGCAUAGCUCUCGCUACCGCAAAGGGGUUAGCUUAUCUCCAUGAAGACUGUGAAUCGAGGAUAAUUCAUUGUGAUAUUAAGCCCGAAAAUGUGCUCCUAGACGACAAUUUCCUCGCCAAGGUAUCAGAUUUCGGGCUCGCUAAGCUCAUGACGAGAGAACAGAGUCAUGUCUUCACAACCCUUAGAGGCACAAGGGGGUACCUUGCACCGGAAUGGAUCACAAACUAUGCGAUAUCUGAGAAAAGCGAUGUGUAUAGCUAUGGUAUGGUCUUGCUCGAGAUAAUUGGUGGGAGGAAGAACUAUGAUCCAGCAGAGAUUUCUGAGAAAGCGCAUUUCCCUUCCUAUGCUUUCAAGAAGAUGGAGGAAGGGAAAUUAAUGGAAAUCCUUGAUGCCAAGUUAAGAUACAAAGACAAGGAUGAGAGAAUUGAGACUGCAAUCAAAGUUGCCCUAUGGUGUAUUCAGGAGGACUUGUACUCAAGACCUCCAAUGACGAAAGUAGUCCAAAUGCUAGAAGGACUGCACGAAGUGCCACCGCCCCCGAUAUCUUCGCAGCUGGGCUUUCGUCUACACGCAAACCCGUUCAAGUCUAUCAGCGAGGAGGGAACAUAUUCAGGUUCAGGGCCAUCGGACUGUAACAGUGAUGCGUUUCUUUCGGCCGUUCGUCUAUCGGGGCCAAGGUAGUUGAGGCAACCUUCAACUUGUAAGAUCUCCUAUAGAAAUGUGGUUUUGUUAGAAUGUAUGAGAAUUUAGAAUGAGUAGUUUCUUCUUUUGUUUUUA